UCCCCUGGGCCGGGAGAACAAAUGAGCAGAGCUGGGGCUGGCUCAGCAGGGCUAGCGGGUAUGGACACAUGGGGGACUGCAAUGCAGAGGGUCUGUCAGCACCCUGAGAAGGGGGCUGGGCCUCAGCUGCCCGCCACCCAUCCCUCCUCAGGCCUCUGGAGGGCAUGGUGUCUCUCACUGGUACCCGGAAGCCGGCCACAAGGUCCAGCAGUGAGAGAGAAAGAGAGAGACCCGCAGUGAGACACGGCGAGGAGCUCAAGGGCCAGAAAAGGACCCAGGGCUCACAGAGAGCGGUGGGUGUUUGGGGGACGGAGAGGCUGCAAGGGGGCCCGAGGCGGCACAGACACGAGGGCACGGGGGCACGGAGAGGAGAAAGCGGCCUGGACCGGUGGGACCGGGGGUGGGGGGGGGACGGGAUGAAGGGGAGAGAGACUCAGACAAGUGAGCUGCGGGCAGAGACUUGGUAUGAAAGACCCUGGUCCAAGAGAGCUCAAGACCCUUGUGGAGUCUGAGACGGCAAGAACAAAGCUAGGGCCAAAAUCUCAGAGGGUGAAAGAAAGGAGGCAAGAGCACAGCUGAGCGCUCUCCCUCGGCCCUGGUGCCACCCGGUGCCAGCGGCUGGGGUUCUACGAUAGCAGCAGACCUCUCCUCCUGCCCGGCUGGGUCCCCCGCCUCUUCCCCCCCCCCGGGGCCAACCACCACAGCCCUCUGGUAAUCCCCCCGCAGAGCCAACCAUGCCCUACUCUGGGAGAGGGUCCCCUGGGAACCAAGACUGCCCCCUCCUCAGCCGAGGGCUGCCUCCAGCCCAGGGCAGAUCUUCUCCACUCCUGGGCUUCCUGCUACCUCUGCCCACCCCUCGAGAGACAAGCGCCCACACAGCGCAAAGCAGAAACGCCCAAGUACCCUUUAUUUUCACUCCGCUGCCCAGCCCAGUGACCUCUCCUCUGUCCUGCGGUGGUCCUCGAGGCAACUCGAAUGCUCUGCCCCCCACACACCCCUUCUUCCCUCUCCUUUCGUCAGAGACCCACUGGCCACCACCAGCCCUGCCACACGACGCAAACCCAGACCUGCCCCGGCUCCCUGGCUCGCUCACCCUCACGCCACCCACGACCAUCCUCCACUUCCUCCGGCCAGGACGGCCGCGCUGAGGUCCUCGCGGUCUCCUCCCUGCCUCUUACACCAGCACCUCCGGCCUCUGCUCCCGGCCAAAUCCUCACCAGCACCUUGAGAAGACCGAGGUCUACCCCUCGGGCCACAUGGCUCACUGCCCCGCACUCCAGCUCCAUUCCGAGGAACCUGGCUCGCCCACGCUCCAAAUGUGUGCUUGUUCGUUCACUUGUUGAUUUAGUGGGUUUUUAGGAGGCCUACCCUGUGCCCGGUCCCAGCACUCAGGGGCCCGUGUCUGCAGGGGGAGACACAGGGGACCAGGCCGGGUGCCCACCGCAGUCCCAGUUGGGUGGGUCAGGAGAAGACAACAGGAGCCAGGCUUGGCGCUGGCCCUCUGGGGUCACAGUCUGGUGAAAGAGAGACGGACUCGGAUACCCGCCGGGCAAGAUGCCGAUUAGGAAACCCAGUGCUUCGGGGUCCCAGGGCAGGAGAAAAGCAAUACAGCAUCUAAAGCAAGCUACAGGUCACAAAAGGGCUUUGACACCAGUGUCUCCAGAGGGACACAACAGGAGCCACAGAAGUGUUCCAAGGAGGAGUACAUCAAGGUCAGUCUCCGUCCAUCUCCCGAGAACACAUGCUGCCUGUGGAGUCGGCGCAACAGACGUUACUUCUCUGCUGCCUUCCUGGGCCUCCCGACCCCCGGUCGCCGUGCGGAAGCUGCCGCCUCCCCGAAGCUCUCUGAAGGCCUGGGACUGAAGGGCAGCCUCCGCUGGCUCGCCAGCCUGCCGGGUGGUGUCUGAGCCAGCUUUUCCCUUUCCACAUCCUCCCGGUCUCCAUCUUCCCGCCUGUUCUGCCUCUACCUGCUUCCCGAGUCUCACCGAGAGUGAGUCACACGGUGAGCCCUCCAGGGCACAAACGGCUCCUUCUCCAGUCUUCUUCCCAGUCCCACUCGGUAAGGGCAGGUCUACCCUGAAAAUUCGGGAACAGAGCAGGCCACGUCCCUGCUCCCUAGCAGCUCUCCAGAAUGACUGGGGAAGACAGAUGGGCUAGAAGCUGGCAGCCUGGAAAGGGUGUUGACAGUGAACAGCACCCAGAAGACUCCGAGUCCAGCCGCUGCCCUGCCCCCAUCUGGAUAGGGGAUCCUGAACGUUCUCUCCCUCUGCCUAUUGCCUCAGCCAAAAAAACAAAAACAAAACAAAAAAACCCUCUACCAGGUCUGGAAGCACACCAGUUUUAGACACUUGGGCCUUUUUUUACCCACUUUGUUAGCUUGGUGACUCUGAGCACGUUACUAUCUCUCUCUGAGCCUCGGCUCGCCUCUGUAGAAUGGGGACGACCACGCUGGUAACGCCGACCUGACGGGGGCUGCUGUAAAGCUCCAGCGCGAUCAGGGGCGGGAACGAUGUUUCUGUUCUUGACACUGAGCACUGUUAGGAAUGGUUAUGAGUACCAGUCCUAGCCCAGUCGAACACGCGCUCUUAUUUUUAUGUGCCCUUUCCCGAGAAAGGAAACACUGCUAAUUAAAUGAUGACGUACCGUCAUUUAAUUAAACUAAUGGAGACGCACCUUCAUUUCGGGGUUGGUAAAAUAUGAAGCAAAUGCAGGUCUUAGAUUGGAUAAGCUAGGCUGUUGUUCUCCGCUGGGCGAGGGUGGAUGUUCUGAUGGAACGUGGAAGGGUCCAAAGGAGAGGACGGGCGGCUCGCGUGGAAGGACCACUGGUGCAGAGGUGGGAGGGCAGAUGUCGUGUCCAGAUUGUAGGACAGCUUGGCGACCAGAGAUGGGGCGCUUGCCCUCGAUUAUGGGACACCAGGUAGGGUCUGGGACAGCACCAUGUAACCGAGUAAAUGAAUACUCCUGCAAUGAAAUCUAUGAAUAGUCACCCCAAGUGGGAUAACUAGGCUACAAAUCAGGCCCGGAUCAGGUCUGGUGGGGUCUCCUAGCAGGAUGGGCUACCAGAGACUUUGGGUUUUCUGAGCAUUUUGCAUUUUCUGAAUUUUAGACUGUAAUGGCUAACAUUUAUUGAAGACUUACUGUCCAAGUGCUUCUUCCAAGUGCUUCACACAUCAUAACUCAUUUAAUUCUUGUAACAAGCGAAUGAUGUGGGUGCUAUUACCAUUCCCAUUCUACAGACUGGGAAACUGAGACACAAAAAGGAUUAAGUGCCUGCCGCUGAGUGCUGGGGCUCGGCUCCACGCUCCCGACCAUUUGGCUGUGCUGCCUCCUCACAGGCGAUGCAUGAAGAGGAGCUUGGCUUUGGCAGCGUUUGGGGACCUAUGGUGCCAUUAGGAGGCCCCACGGGUCUGAGAGUGUCAGAACUGGGCCUGGAAGUCACAGAAGGUGGCAGGAAGGAGGCCAAGAAAUAGCUUAAGGAGAGUGUGUGUGGAGCGGGAAGAGCGGGGACGGGGUGAGGAGCCCUGAAAGCGCCAAUGUUUUUACAGCAUGGGACAGGACAGGCACUAAGGAAAAAGAGCCAGAACAGCACCCUGACCAGGGGACUCUCCCUCCUCUUCACCCGUCAGGAUCCUCUGUGCUGUAAAGAGCUUUUCCUCAAGACUGUCAGUACAGUGAGGCUGGAGACACUCCCUUCUCCUGGACUUCCUCUAGAACUGGCGGCCUCCCGUGGGGGCUGGACACCUCCAGACUGUCAGGGGCUCUGGAGUGUGCACAUGUCCUCCUUCAGACUGGUGACACCCCUCUAGGCUAUUAACAUCUGCUGCACUGUUAGCAUCCCUUGGAGGUCUGGAUACCUCCCCCAGAGUGUCAGGACACUGGGGGUGUGGACACUCUCUCCAGGCUGUCGGAAUUCUCUUAGGUGUAGACCUGAUCUCCUUCAGACUGUCCCGAUCCCUCGGGGGGUGAAGAUGUUUCUUUUUCCUGACUGUCAGGACAGUGUGGGUGUAGACACUUCCUAAGUUGGACUGCCAGGGUCCUGUGGAGUGUGGAGAGCUCGCUCUUUUCCUCCAGGUCACUCUGGGACGGAGACACCUCUUCCCACAAAUUGUCAGGACCCCUGCCCCAGACUGUCGGGAACCCUCCGGGGUAUGGCCACCUACUCCUUCCUCCAGACUGGCAGGUCCUUUGAUGUGUGGACACUUUUUCCACCAGACCGUCGGGAUUAUCUGAGUGUGGACUUCUCGUCUAGACGGUCAGGGUCCUCGGAAGUGUGGACUGCUCUGCCUCUACAUCAUCUCUGCCCCCUGGGGCUAUGACCCUCUCUACUUUAUGGUUCAUUAUUGGGAGUCUCUCCUCUCCAUCAGUGUCAUUACUACAGUGUGGACACCUUCAGGUGUGUGUCCCUUAGGCCAAUUUCUGUCACUUCCCAACCAUAUCACACCCCUAAGAGACUGCUAAGAAAUACAAAGGUGCUUUCCGUGCCGAUAGCGCUCUCGCAAACAUGGUGAACGUUCCUAAAACCCGCCGGACUUUCUGCAAGAAGUGUGGCAAGCACCAGCCCCACAAAGUGACACAGUACAAGAAGGGCAAAGAUUCUCUUUAUGCCCAGGGAAAGCGGUGUUAUGACAGGAAGCAGAGUGGCUAUGGCGGGCAGACUAAGCCGAUUUUCCGGAAAAAGGCUAAAACUACAAAGAAGAUUGUGCUGAGGCUUGAAUGUGUUGAGCCCAAUUGCAGAUCUAAGAGAAUGCUGGCUAUUAAGAGACGCAAGCAUUUUGAACUGGGAGGAGAUAAGAAGAGAAAGGGCCAAGUGAUCCAGUUCUAAGCUUCAUAUUUUGUUAAUAUUACGAAGACAAUAAAAUCAUGAGGUUAUGUU